CAAUGACACAUGGACGAGGGCUUUCUACCACUUUUUUGCGUAAACUUUUGAUACUUCGUAGCAUUUAUUACGCACAUGUGCUCACGGGUUCCAUGCCUGUUGCCUUUGUGGUCCUGUAUAUGCCGCCAGAGGACCUCGUAUAUAUUAUAUGACUGCGGACGUAGAAAUAGCAGCUCCCAGGUACCAGCUCUAUACUAUCUGAGCGCUAAGCAGUGAACAGAUCUGAAGCCCAUGC